AUGAUCGUUCCAGUCUUUGAAGACUUCGCCAUAGGCAUCAGAGGUCCUCCAUCGAGUGACAAAACCCAACUUGCGAAUCAACUGACAGCCGUGCUUCGGCAGUUAGUGACGAACGACGUUUUGGUCAGCCUUGGAUGUUAUGCUGUGGCCUCGGGAGUUGUUUCCAAGAUGCUUGACCGGGAUAACGUCGACGCUCACCACGUUGAAAAGGUACUCGAGUGGUUGAACGACCGUCCGCGUGGUUCAUUCAACCAUCCAUGUGAUCUCCUACUGGAUCCAGAUUGUACACAGUGGGAAUUAGAUGGUUCUGCCGUGGCCGAAGUCGCCAGGAUGAUCAAACUACGAGUCGAGGCAGCAUUCCAUUUCCGUGCGUCUCAGACCAUUGACGGGCCAUAUAUCAAGAAGAAUAGCCCCUGGCCCGGGAUUCAGAAGCUUGUCUGUCGUUUUAAAAUCGUUGAAGGCUUCUUGAUUUUGGCCAAUCAAAACGGAACGAAGCAGACGAGAGGAGUCCCAGAGCUGUAUCAGCGGAGGUUCGCGCAGGCAUAA